GGCUGGGAGCCAGGGUGCCGGCCCCGCCGGCCGUGCGCGCCCGCUGCCAUGGCUUUCCGCAGGAGGACGAAAAGUUACCCGCUCUUCAGCCAGGAGUUCGUCAUCCACAACCAUGCGGACAUCGGCUUCUGCCUAGUGCUGUGCGUCCUCAUCGGGCUUAUGUUCGAGGUCACAGCCAAGACUGCCUUCCUAUUUAUUUUACCUCAGUAUAAUGUUAGCGUGCCUACAGCAGACAGUGAGAUGGUGUACUACCACUACGGCCCGAAAGACCUGGUCACAAUCUUGUUCUACAUCUUCAUCACCAUCAUCUUGCACGCUGUGGUUCAGGAGUACAUUUUAGAUAAAAUCAGCAAACGACUUCAUCUCUCCAAGGUCAAACACAGCAAGUUCAAUGAAUCUGGGCAGCUGGUCGUCUUUCAUCUCAGCUCAGUGAUAUGGUGCUUGUACGUGGUGGUGACGGAAGGAUAUUUAACGAACCCAAGAAGCCUCUGGGAAGACUAUCCACAUGUGUAUCUCUCCUUCCAGGUGAAGUUUUUCUACCUGUGCCAGCUGGCCUACUGGCUACAUGCCUUUCCUGAGCUUUACUUCCAGAAGGUACGAAAGGAGGAAAUUCCCCGCCAGCUCCAGUAUAUUUGCCUGUACCUGGUCCACAUAGCCGGAGCAUACCUCUUAAAUUUGAGCCGCCUGGGCCUCAUCCUGCUGCUGCUGCAGUACUCAACGGAGUUCCUCUUCUACUUGUCUCGACUCUUCUACUUUGCAGAUGAGAACAAUGAGAAGCUGUUUAAUGCCUGGGCUGCUGUAUUUGGGGUCACGCGCCUCUUCAUCCUCACGCUUGCCGUGCUGGCCAUCGGCUUUGGACUGGCUCGCACAGAAAACCAGGCAUUUGACCCUGAGAAAGGGAGCUUCAACACCUUGCUUUGCAGGCUCUGCAUGCUGCUGCUGGUGUGCGCUGCCCAGGCCUGGCUUAUGUGGCGCUUCAUCCACUCCCAGCUGCGACACUGGCGGGAAUACUGGAACGAGCAGAAUGCCAAGCGGAGAGUCCCAGCUGUCCCCAGGCUCCCAGCCAGGCUCACCAAGAGGGAAUCUGGUUACCAUGAAAAUGGAGUGGUGAAAGCAGAGAAUGGAACCUCCCCACGGACUAAGAAACUCAAGUCUCCUUAAGGCCAAAGUGCUGAGAACAGGAAUCCUUGGUGGGGGCCUGGCCAGGAGGCAGAGCCCAGGCCCCGCACUGCCUCCUCCUUCCUCCUCGAAGCGCUCCAUCUCAGUCCGCAGGAACCUGACUUCAAAGGGGGUUUUCCUUUCAUAUUUCUUGGCUUUCUCUUCUUAUUCUUCCACAUACUUUUCUCAAUAAAGCCAAAAAUCUUUCUCUCUCACUCCCUCAAGCCACCUCGUGGCUUCACCUCUGUCCUGUGUUGGGUUUUCUGGAAGCCUAGAUUCUCAUGGUUCUUUUUCAGCUUACCUCUUCUUUCUCUUCAUUCAUGGCUGCUUCUUUUUCUUUUUAGUUCUUAAUUUUACCUUAACGUGCAGUUUUUCUGUCUGAUUUUUACAAUGGGAGGGAGCUAAGGUGCAGUCCUGCCUGUGAGUUGCAGGAGCUGUCAAUCUGGAAGCCUCACGCCAAGGAGCUUUGCCUGGGGCCAGAGGCUGGCCCGGCAGUAGUCCUUGUGUGGAGGGGCAGGAAGAGGAGAGCCCUCCUGGAUCACAACCUCCUUGGUGCUGAUUGAUGUGGAGAUGAAUGAUUCCGGUCCCUGGAGAACCAGCUGGAGACAUGGCAGCUGCUGCUGGUUGGGAAUGAUGCUGAAGCCUUUGGCUCUGGCUCCUGGGAACUCCAUCUAGAAGGACAUUGCUCAUUCUGUAGGUCUCAUGACUGAAGAGAGCUCACCAGCAGCCUUGGGCUGGAAAUGGCCUGCACUUGCUGAGGGAGUACAUGCUGAAGGAGGAUACGUCUUCCCACUUGUAGAGCAAGAGCCAAGCGUGCCAAGCAGCAGGCACUUCUGGAAAUGUAACAGACAAGACAGGAAGGACAGCACAGUCAACUUGGGCCUUUCUUCACUGGUGCCGGCAGCCAUGUGUCUUUGGCCAUUCACCAGCAUUCAAAACCAAGUCAAACAGCUGUUAGCAGACCUGCCCCAGAGGUGCUGGUCUAAAGCCUAGAACCAGCCAGCCCUGUUGGCCAGCCUUGCUACCUGGACUUCAUCUCUCCACCUGCAGAGACAUAGCCCCACACCAGUCCCCAGUGUCCCAGGGAGGGUCACCUGGUCACCUUCCCUUUGGCCUCACUUGUUGAGUGCUCUUUGGAGUUGUCAUUUGGUGAUGUGUGUCAAGCACACCCACAGUAUAGAACCAGGACUGAUUCAGUCACUUUUUGUUUGGAUGAGCAGGUGCAGCUGUGUCGACAGGAAUCUUUCGUUCCCCUCCCACCAGUAUUCUUUCCUCCCUGUCUAUGAGAAGAUGGGGCUGCCAGGUCCUUAAGGUGCUUUGUGAGGACUUCCAGCAGGGGAGGUAGGCUUCUAGAGGUCCUGAUUAAGAACCCUUGAACUCUGUGCUGAGGCAAAGGGGAGCACCGGGUGGCACAGGAAUGUUAAUGUCACCGGGUAUACUAGUGCUCUUGCUGACAUCAUAGUAGAAGCCAGACCUUGGGGGUUUUUAACCAAAAAAGAGGGAGAUGGAUCUUUUCAUGAGACCUCCCCUUCUCUAGGGCACCUGUAUUGCAAAGUCAGACUUACCAGUAACUGAGAGAUUUGUUUCCAGACACCAUUUUAGACUGUUACUUCUCUGCCCAGGAUAAGCAUGUAGAAUUGGGAAGAAUACACUUGGUUUCUUUCAAUUAUUUUUAGGAAGCAGGAUAGCAUUUUUGAAAGCAGGCGUCUCCUGCUUCCCUCUCUUUCCUUCUGGGCGUUAAGAGCAGCUUGGUAUGGACUCAGCAGAGUUGACCAGGGCCCCUUAGCCACGUGCUCCCUGACCUGCUUGGAACUGCUUGUGGAGGUGGGGUACAGCCAGCAGCCUCUAGGCCCACCCUCCUCCCCCAGGAGCCUAGGUGCCCUGCUGGGUUUUCCCCAGGCUGUGUCACUGUUGGGGCUGUACCAGCUCUCUUCAGGAAGCCUCUUGCCCUCUGCCCCCCAGGAGCCCUGGCCGAGCAGCUGUUAUAUGCUGGUGAUGUGCUGUGAGAGGGGAGUUCAUGGUAAUCAGAGUUGCUGCCCUCUUGGUUCUAGCAGCCCCAUUGUACAUAUAGAUCUCCAUUGCUCUGUGCCUGGAUACCUGGGUACCAGAGAUGACAUGCCUUCAUUCUCCCUCAGUCUUCUACAAGCAUCUGGUGCUACCAGUUCAUUGUGCCUUGGUGUGAUACCACAAACCCGGGGUCCGGGGUUGCCUUAGGGCCUGUUUCCUAAAGGACAAAUAUUUGCUCAGUGACAGGAGAUGGUAAAUCUUUCCUGUGUUCAAAGAAAAAACCAUGAGAACAUGAAUAAGGGUGAUAGCUCACCAGCUUGGGCUUCAGGGAUGUUUGGGUGGCUUAGAGGGUAAUUAUAGGGUACUUUCUCACCCCUGCUAGUCUCCUUGGCAUAUUUAUGUCAUAGCAAAACUAAGUCAUUAUCAAAUUGGCACCUGCCAGGCCUCAAGUCACUCAAUUCUGCUUUAUCCUGUGAGUAUUUUGGACUAGCUUGUACCACUUUUGGCAUGUUGACUACUUUCUUCAUUUUUCUGUAGUCUUUCCUAUCUCUAAACAAAGUGCCAAACCAAUUGUGAGACCCCUGUCAGAUCCCUCCUGGUUUUAGAGGCCAGCGCAGCACCAUCCACCAAGGGCAGAAGAUGCUAAUCUACCUCAGCAGUCACAGCGCCUCUCAACAUCCCUCCCUGGCACACCUGUGUGGGGACACCGGCAGAUGGCAGUGGUGGGAGAGCUUGGCCUUUAGAGGAAGGAGCACUUCCUAGGGUUGAUUCCCCUCUUGGAGUUCAGUGAUGGGAAGGUUAUUUUUAGCACUCAGGCUAUGAUAGUUAUACUAUUAAUAAUUCUGCAUUCCUCUUGAAGGUAGGGUGGCUCUGGGGGAAAGGGGAUCAGUCCUAGCCCUGAGUUCUCCUGGGCUACCUGACAUAAAUGGUUGCUGAGAGGGUUGCCUAUUCCUGUCUCAAAGCAGAACCUAGCAACUCCUAGGAAACCAGGUUAGACACCUGUGCUCUGGCCUCCUUUAUCCAUGCUUUUCUCAGCUAGAAUCCUGGGACUCUUGAGAGCCACUGACACCAGGGACUUCUAAGGUUGUGCUUCUAGGUUUUCUUUUGGGACCUCCUUCGUAAGUCCACCUUGACCUUUUUUCUAAGUGGCAAAUAAGUAGGAACAGAGAGUAUGUGACCUCCAGAAAUUCCAUCAUCAUACUGUUUCACAGAUGCUUUUAUUAAUAGAGGAUUGUUGGUCCCCUGUGGCUGGGGAAGGCCUUUGGGUUUAUUUUCUAUGCUUCAGCUUUCCCAGUUGGUUUUGCUGAGGUGGGAGAAGACAUGGGAGUCUGGAUAUAGCUAACUUCCCUUGCCUGCCUACGAGCCUUCAUGUCUCAAGGGGGACAGACUUUAGAACUUAGCCUCCUGUUCUUGCUGGAGAGUAUGGAAAACCAGCUGGGUAGUCUUUCACCCCCACUGCCUCCCAAGUUUACAACCCCUUUCUUUGUGAGAGGCCUUUGGGGUUAAUGGAGAAUGAGGUCAUUGUUGGUUCACUUAAGUACCAAUAGGAUCCCUCUUCAGCCAGUGGUUGGCCCUGUCUGGGAGCCUUUGUAGCCUUUCACCCUACACCCUGAUUCCUGCAUGAGGGUUACCUUCCAUGUCCCAGGAGACUGAUAAGCGCCCCGCUCUGCUGCUGCACCUCCCACCCCUCACUGUACAGAGGUUGCCCAUCACAGCCACGGGACAGUGGGACCCAUGGGCUGUCAUUUCAUGCUCGGGGCUUCUGUCCUGGUCCUGACCAAAUCCUGAUUCCUUUUGUAUCGCAAGUGCCUUACAUUUCUGUGUGCCUUCAUCUGUAUUAUGUGGCCAGCUGCCAGCUGCUGGGCCUAUAGGACUGAUGGGUACAUGUAGCCACAGACACUACCUCAAGAGG